CUUAAGCGCCCGGCCGCCAGUCCUGUCACAACCUAAAUUAUCAAUUACACUCCGUUUCUUCUAUCCUCAAGCAGCAAGCAAACAUGUCCGGACGUGGCAAGGGCGGCAAGGGCCUGGGCAAGGGCGGCGCCAAGCGCCAUCGCAAGGUGCUUCGCGAUAACAUCCAGGGGAUCACCAAGCCCGCUAUCCGCCGUCUGGCUCGCCGUGGCGGUGUGAAGCGUAUCAGUGGCCUGAUCUACGAGGAGACCCGCACGGUGCUCAAGACCUUCCUGGAGAACGUCAUCCGCGACUCCGUCACCUACACCGAGCACGCUCGCCGCAAGACCGUGACUGUCAUGGACGUGGUCUACGCGCUCAAGCGCCAGGGCCGCACCCUGUACGGCUUCGGUGGCUAAGCGGCGCGUAAACCCUCGCACGAUGUACGGUAUCCACCCCGUCUUUCCUCUCCGGGGGGAAGCGGAGCCUGCCGCGGCGUGCCUGGACCCAAAAAACUCGGUGUUUCUCAACACCACCCUCAUCCACGGACUUCUGCUCUUUGUGCCUGUUUUGGCCUGCCUUGGGUGGCGUUCGAUGUCGCGAAGGCAUUGCCUGCUUGCCGGCCACUACGGAAUGUUGAAUGCAACCGCCAUCGCCCGUAUCCUCCGUCCGCUGCUAGUAGUCAGGCAGGAGGCCUUUGUGCCGAAGGAUGGUUCAAGCGAGUGCUGUGGUUCGAGGGAGCCCUCAUCAGCCAUGCCGGCAGGCUGCGGGUCCGUGUGUCGGGCUCGGGCCAGCUGUAACCUGCGCCGCCCGCGUGCAUCACGGUUCCCCGCAACCCAGCUCUCCCUCGGAUGUCGCCACUCCGCAAGCCCUGCCACGACUCCCAGUGCCCUCAUAACCAGGGUCGCGGACGCACCACAGCUUUGUAGGAUCAUUCCACAUCAUUUGCGGUACGUAAGGUCCAGCAUGGGCGGCAUGGCCCGCUCCCCAGCACGACCCAAGGCGGCACCCAUGCGCCUUCAUGACGGGUCCAACCCUGUCCAAGGCACAACUACGUCCCGAGUUCGUCCCGCUCAGCGGCUCAGGGCAGCCCUUGUCCGCGGCAUGUUGUCUGUCUCAUCCAGAGCCGUUGGAGGUGUGGUGCGUGCUUGGAGGUGACUAGGUGAGGCCGUUGGAGCCGUUGAACUGUUUGUGAAUUUAUGUAUUGAUUGGUCAUCGCAGCAUGAUCUAGCGUGGGCCGUGGAGAGAGGGCAUGCAGAGAGUAUAUAUAUAUAUA